UAUGUCACCCAUUCUUUCUGACCUAUCCUCUCCACAGAUUAUUUUUAUUCUCUGUGAUGAGCACCUGGCAUUGACCAUAUUGUUCCUCAUGCACUUGAGUCAUGAGCCUUGUUCCUGCUGUUGGAAUUCUGCAUUGCAUAAUGCGGUGUCGAGCGCCGCAUCGCAGGAGCGGACCACCUCCAUCUUGGAAUCAGAACCCAGCGCAACUAUACAUCGCCCACCGCCUCUUCUCCCAGAAAUCUGGGUGCUCAUAUUCCCGUAUCUCAAACCACACGACCUCCAUUCCAUUUCCUUGACCUGCUCGACCUUCCGAUACAUCGCCCAGCCGAUCCUUUUCACUGUUCUCGACUUAUCGCCUUUUUUGCUGUCGUACAACACCGAACAUCCCAUCCUACGCCCUCAGCACUAUCUAACCAGAUUUCUGCGAAGGCUGGAGUGCUUUAAGCAGCCCCACAUCGCUCAUGGAGUGCGACACUGUUGGGUAUCGCCCUACUCCCGCUUCGGCUUUCCACCCCGAAACCAGCAAGACGACCUGGACCCGAAUCUCAUCAUCAACGCAGCCGUCGAGGCGCUUCCCCACUUCCCCAAUCUACACACGCUCUCGUGGCACUGCAUCGACAUCACACCCCAAUGGUGGCGAACCAUCCAAUCCCUGAAGAUCCAGAAGCUAUGGCUCAAUUCAUCCUCCAUUCCCCAAACUACGACAUCGCCUCUACUCUUUGUGGUCCACCUCGACCUCGACCAGUGGCCGUGGGAGGGAAGGACCACGAAUCACGUCUCCAUUCACGAGGAGCGUACCCCAGGAGUCGGGCUGUCCACCCUCCAACAUGUCAUCAAUCCAGACGUCACUCAGUCUAUUUCUGUACCCAGAGUCGACACGGCCUGCCGACUAUUCGCGGUCCUUUCAGAGCAGACAUACUCGCUACGCUCGCUGAACGUGCCGUUCAACGCUGUUCCCGACCGCCAUUUUGUGGGCGCACUCGAACAGUGCCCUUAUCUUGAAUCACUAUGCAUAUUCCCUCCUUCAUCCGACGAGCCGUAUCGAGACAUAAAGAUUGGUGCUGUGGGGCGUUCUACACUUCACAGGUUGACGGCGUAUGAAGGCCCAUACACUCAUGUGAUCCAAUUCGCACACCAGCCGUUGAAACAGAUAUCGCUGUGGGGAUUUGACGAUAGACCGUCGUUGUGCGAUCCCGAGGCAUUGGUAGCGGUGUUGACAGAGCUGGCAGAAAACACGACCGCGGAGAGUUUGGAAUCGCUGACGCUGACCGUCUUCAGCAUCACGCGAGAUCUUCUUGAAUCCUUCUCCGGGUUUACCAAUCUUCGACAAAUUAUUCUACAGUCACAAGACAACACGUCCAGGAGUAUGCCAAUGCCCUAUUCGAUUCGGCCAAACGCGCCGGUUACGACUCUAUACACGAUGAUGGCCACAGCUUCCUUUCCAGAAACGUUGCGCUUUCUCAAACUGACGACUCGACUACGCAGCCCACGCCUUGAUCUAGCCGCACAGGAGCACGAAGCAGCCUGCUUCACCGAGGCUAUCGCGCGGAGGCACCCAAAUCUCCAGCGUAUCGAAUUGGGAUACGGAAUAUAUUGGACAGGGACCUACAGCGCCGUUUGGGGUCGCAUUCGGGACAACGUAGCCCUUCGAGCCGCAAAUCCAAACACGGGUCGUGUGGAGUCGGAACGCUCAGGCGAGUUCUCCACAGGAGAGGAUGCAAAAGGCGACACCGACCCCACCACCGAUCCCGCCGCCCAUCCACCGCGGAUCGCGAAGGAGGAUAUGGAAGGAGGGUACUCUUCCAAGUCGUCCUCGAAGGAUUACAUCAUGUCCACAGUGGUGUCGACCGUGCACCCCCUGCCACUCGGCAAACUCACGUUCACAGAGCAUCGGCGCACAAUUUUGUUUGGAAACGAUACUGAGCCUGGUAUAUCUACGGAGGGAUUUGGGUUCGGGCUUGAGGACGGGUCGGCUGAUGGUGCCAGGAGCUUCUGGAUGACCGCCUGGAUGCGGUUACGACGGUUAUUUGGGAAGUAUGGGGGUUG